GGCGCGCCGGGAGCUCUCGGCCUCGGGGCGUCGGGAGGCGUCCGCGCUGCCGCCGGCCCGCGACGGCGGCACCAUGUUCUCGCUCAAGCCGCCCAGACCCACCUUCAGGUCUUACCUCCUGCCGCCGCCUCAGACUGACGAUCAGAUCAGCUCGGAACCGAAGAUUAAGAAACUGGAGCCAGUCCUCUUGCCAGGAGAAAUUGUUGUAAAUGAAGUCAAUUUUGUGAGAAAAUGCAUUGCAACAGACACAAGUCAGUAUGAUUUAUGGGGAAAGCUGAUAUGCAGUAACUUCAAAAUCUCCUUUAUUACAGAUGACCCAAUGCCUUUGCAGAAAUUCCAUUAUAGGAACCUCCUUCUUGGAGAACAUGAUGUCCCUUUAACAUGCAUUGAACAAAUUGUCACAGUAAAUGACCACAAGAGGAAGCAGAAAGUCCUAGGCCCUAACCAGAAACUGAAAUUUAACCCAACAGAGUUAAUUAUUUAUUGUAAAGAUUUCAGAAUUGUCAGAUUUCGCUUUGAUGAAUCAGGUCCUGAAAGUGCCAAAAAGGUAUGCCUUGCAAUAGCUCAUUAUUCCCAGCCAACAGACCUCCAGCUACUCUUUGCAUUUGAAUAUGUUGGGAAAAAAUACCACAAUUCAGCCAGCAACGUGAAUGGAGUACCCUGUGAAAGCGGAGGAGGUGGAUUUAGUGGACCAGGUGGUGGCAGUAGCCAAAAAACUCCGCUGUUUGAAACUUACUCAGAUUGGGACAGAGAAGUCAAGAGGACUGGUGCUUCCGGGUGGAGAGUGUGUUCUGUUAACGAGGGUUACAUGGUAUCUACUUGCCUUCCAGAAUACUUUGUAGUGCCAAGUUCUUUAGCAGACCAAGAUCUAAAGAUCUUUUCCCAUUCUUUCGUUGGAAGAAGGAUACCACUCUGGUGUUGGAGCCACUCAAACGGCAGUGCCCUUGUGCGAAUGGCCCUCAUCAAAGAUGUGCUGCAGCAGAGGAAGAUUGACCAGAGGAUUUGUAAUGCAAUAACUAAAAGUCAUCCACAGAGAAGUGACGUUUACAAAUCUGAUUUGGAUAAGACCUUGCCUAACAUUCAAGAAAUACAGGCAGCAUUUGUUAAACUAAAGCAACUAUGUGUUAAUGAGCCUUUUGAAGAAACUGAAGAAAAAUGGUUAUCUUCACUGGAAAGUACCCGGUGGUUAGAAUAUGUCAGGGCAUUCCUUAAACAUUCAGCAGAACUUGUGUACCUGCUAGAAAGCAAACAUCUCUCUGUAGUCCUACAAGAGGAAGAGGGAAGAGACUUGAGCUGUUCUGUGGCUUCUCUUGUUCAAGUGAUGCUGGAUCCUUAUUUUAGGACAAUUACUGGAUUUCAGAGUCUGAUUCAGAAGGAGUGGGUCAUGUCAGGAUAUCAGUUCCUAGACAGAUGCAACCAUUUAAAGAGAUCGGAGAAGGAGUCCCCCUUAUUUCUGCUGUUCUUGGACGCCACGUGGCAGCUGUUAGAACAGUACCCAGCAGCCUUCGAGUUCUCGGAGACCUACCUGGCAGUGCUGUAUGACAGCACCCGGAUCUCACUGUUCGGCACCUUCCUGUUCAACUCGCCCCACCAGCGGGUGAAGCAGAGCACAGAAUUUGCCAUAAGCAAAAAUAUCCAGUUGGGUGAUGAAAAGGGCUUGAAAUUCCCCUCGGUGUGGGACUGGUCCCUCCAGUUCACAGCAAAGGAGCGCACCCUCUUCCACAACCCCUUCUACAUCGGCAAGAGCACGCCUUGCCUACAGAGCAGCUCCAUGAAGUCUUUCAAACGGACAAAGAAGAGCUACAGCUCCACGCUCAGAGGAAUGCCGUCCUCCUUCAGGAACGGAGUCCUCAGCGACCCUGAGUUGCUGCCAAGGAGAAACUCGCUGAUCCUGAAACUGAAGCCAGACCCUCAGCAGCAGGCCGACGGCCAGAGCAGCGACGCGGAGCAGUACUUCAGAGACUGGUUUUCCAAGCCGUGCGACCUGCACGGCGUGAUUCUGCCCCGUCUCUCUGGAACACACAUCAAACUCUGGAAGCUGUGCUACUUCCGCUGGGUGCCCGAGGCGCAGAUCAGCCUGGGCGGCUUCAUCACUGCCUUCCGCAAGCUCUCGCUCCUGGCUGACGAGGUGGACGUGCUGAGCAGGACGCUGCGGCGGCAGCGCGGCGGCGCCCUGGACGCCGGCUGUGCAGAGCUGGACCAGAGCAGGUUGUACUUCCGCGCCGGCGGCCCGCACGGCUCGGCGGAGACCCCCGAGUUCCUGUCGUCCUCCUUCCCCUUUUCUCCGGUCGGGAAUCUGUGCCGACGAAGCAUUUUAGGAACGCCAUUAAGCAAAUUUUUAAGUGGGGCCAAAAUUUGGUUAUCUACUGAGACACUAGCAAAUGAAGAUUAAGAUGUAGGGUUUUCUAGACAUUUUGAGGGAUGCUGUACAUUUUCUUCCUCUAAAUUAAAAGUGCUAAUCUAAAAAAAAAAAAAAAAGUGCUAAUCUAAGCAUUUAAAACUUGGAUCAUUUUUAUAUGUAAGAAUAAUAGUUGAAAUUUGCACUAAUAUUUAAAAACAAGGAAUCAUGUGUCCUUCACAGUUCUAGAUGGAACUUUAGGUCUUGUCUCUAAGUGGGCCUCAUCUUCAGGCGAUUGGCAGGCACACAUUCCCCAUUCCUGUAACUGAUCAAACCAGGUGUUGUCUGCUGUAUUCCGUUAUUCCGUACCACCUACUGAAGGUUAGUUGAUAUUUGGUCAGAGAAACAGACAUCAAAGUGAAUAGUUUUAGUGUUUUCAGAAACACCUGAUAAAACCCCCAACAGGCAUUCAUAGGCAUUCAUGGGUUUUUCCUGUCACUUCUGUUAUCGCUAGUUGAACUCACCUGAUGAGGGUUCAGUGUUCUCAGGCCAGAAUUUAUUAUUUCAGACCACGUUGGGACCUUAGAUCACUGUGUUUUCAAAUCAUGAGUUUGCUUUAAGCUACACAGAACUGUAAAGUGGCAUGCACUGUUAACUUUAAAGAUAAUAUAAUUAAACUUGGAAGUGCCUUUAACAUUAAGAUACAAGUAACACUUUUUAAAACUGGGGAGUUAAAAUCCCACUGCAUAUUGCAAGUACAUUUUUAACAAGCUUCAUAUCAACAGCCCGGGGUCCCCAAAUCUGAAAGUCUGGGGCGCUGGUUCCAAGAGGCUACUCGGGCCCCCCUCAAGGCAGUGUGGUGCAGCCCCAGGCCUGGCAGCUGGGAACCAGGUGAGCAACAGCUGUAGCGCCUGCACCCUCAGAACCGGGGGGCUCGCCGCCGGUCUCUCCAGUGCAGUCAACUAUUGUUGGCACGUGCAAAGAAGUCCCUCCCUUCUCAGAGUUCUUACUGCUUAGGAAGAGAGAGCAGGAGGAGGACAGGGAGCUUCUCAGAAUCCUGCCUCUUCAGAAAUAGCGAGCGCAGCAGUCUUGAAGCUGAGGGGCAGACGCAGGUGCAUCAGCCCGAGACCCCCUUGUUCGCACACCUGGUGACAGGAGCCUGGCCAGCACCGCAGGAGGCAAAGCCUGAGGUCCCUCUAGCCUAGGCUGGUGCACCGCCCCACUCCCAUUCCCUGAUUAAAAGACCGAUGUGUGUGUUGUCUAUGGUCUCCUUAAACUGCUAUCUUAAGAUUUGGAAAGUUUUUAUAGUCAAGUGUCUAGUUAGCUUAUUUCCUUUUGUAAAAACAAAUGUUCUCAAAAUAGUGUUUGCCUUUAUGUGUACCGAACAGAUGUAUAUAUUUAAAUUCUUUACCUUUUAAAAAUUGUUCGAUAAUGCGUGUAGAUUAACAGGACAGGAGUUCUUAUAAAAUGUCUUAGGAAAUUCAGCUUGGGGAUGAAUCCAGUGUUUCUGCCCACCUGUUGCCUCAGAUAUAAGGGCUGCUUUCAGUGUGUAUAAAUGACCUCAUCAUCACCAAACAUUUCAUGAUCCUUGAUUGGGAAACGGCCCUGAUCCCUGUAAAACACCACAGCGUUUCGUGCCAUGUAAAGUGUAAUAAUAAUCCUCCCUUUUUUAGUAAGCUGCUUUGUUAUUACACAUUGUUCUCAAUUCAUUUUUUGGAUUAAGCAUUUAUUUCUCUAAUACGCUUCCCUCACACAUUUAUUUCAACUCCUUUAAUAAUUUUUAAAAUUUGUAAGUUUAAAAAACUAGGUACUAAUACUGUUUUAAAAUAGAAAAUAUGCAUAUUUUUGUAUGAUAAAUGUUGUAAAAUGUUUUAUUUUUGCUGGAGAGUUGUAUCAUGAUUAUUGUGCCACAGGUUAUUGUGCAUAAUAUGAAAAACAACUGUGACAGCCUUACAUCCGGGCCACAGUAAAGCUGCUCAGCCCCUCUGCCAACAGGAAGGACUCUGUGGCAGUAGGGGUGCACGUGGCUCUGAACAGGGCUCCACAGGCCACGGCACACGGGCGUGCCCACAGCCCCGAGUAGAGCCUGGGCUGCUGAGCACCACGCACACGCCAGCCAGCACUGGACUCGGCAGUGUCGAACUUAAAGAUGUACAGUGUCUUACUGAUAUUUUACGAUGGAGUUUUAAAACCAAAAAUGCUUGACUCUAUUUAAGGAAAGGAUAUUAAUUUUUACUAACAGAGGGUGUAAACUGUCCAAUACCUGCAACAAAGUCUGCUUGCUGUGGCAGUAACCUCAUGGAAUUAAAACUUGACCUUGAAAGCUAAAACCUUUGUGCCUAAAACUGAUGACUUGAGCUAAGUAGGAUGAGCAGGAAGAUGACAAGUCUGUUUAACGGAAUGAAUGUGAACAAAAGUUUGACUGCUAAUAAAACUUUGACACAAA